AUGGCAAACCACCGAGCGCGGGCACAGUUCGACCGCGCCAAGUGGCGCCUCGCCCUCCUCCUCCCCCUCUGGGCCCUGCAGCUGGUGCUGGCCAUGGCCAUGACGGGGCUCUUUGCCUGGCGGCUGGGCGACUCGGUCAAGAACCACCCAGAGAGGGAGGCCACGGGGGGGACGCCGACGGUCGAGUUUGCCUGGGAAGCCGCCAACAUCGCCCUGUCCUUUGUCGCCGCCUGCUGCACCUUGUUCGAGAUGGCCAAGCUCAUGGCCGAGUCGCUGACGCCCUGGACCAUGCUCUUCACCCACGUCGUUAAGCUGGCCUGCGCGCUGGCCAUCCUCGCCCUCGACAUCACCGUCUACGUCGUGCGUGCCGAAGCGCACUACUCCAUCGUCGGGCUCGGCCUUGACGCCGCCUUGAUAGUCACGGCCGUCGUGCUGGCCGUAUAUGCCAUCGUCAUCUAUCGCCGCCUCUCGGCCUACGACGACUACGUCCGCCCCGUAAACUUCAAAGGCUACGGCUUCAACGACGAAGACGACUUUUCCUACUCGAGCCGCCACAGCAUCCUGAGCUCCUCUGACAAGCGGCCGUCGCUUGCCUCGAUCCGCCACAGCAUCCACGCUGCCGCCCCGGAGCCGGCAGACCCCGAGGGCGCGGAGCAGACGGCUUCCCACGGCGGCAUCUACAGCCACCAGCGUGACACGCAGUUUGACGACUACGUGGCCCGCCGCAACGGCCGGAGGCUCAGUCUCGAUGCGGCCAGCUCGGCCGAGGCGAAGUCAAGUACGCCCUCGAUCAAAACGAGGCCCCGGGGCCCGAGCUACACCAGCGAUCACGUCCUCGUCGCCGUUCCGGAGGAGGGUGCGGAAUGCCUCGACGGCUGUUCCGCACAACAGCAGAUGCGUCAGGCGGAUCGGCAGGCCUUGUUGGAAUCCAGCCAAGGGACAAGCAGAGAUGACCAAGCUGGCGGCAUCAGCCGGCGAACCGAGUCACAAGAGACGGAGACGACGGCGCCGCGGCUUCUACAAAGGUAA